UCAUAAGUCAACACCAACUAAUCUUAAUCCCUAAAACACGCCAUAGUAAGUCGCGCGUGAGCCCCACGCACUUACUUAUCCUUCAUAAUUUCGUCGCGCUUCACUUCCCAGUGCAUGUUAGCAAGCAACCACAGCCAUAUAUAGCCAUGACCAGAGAUUCAGUAGCUAGUUUCUACAUAACCUCAUGAUGGAAACUCACUGCCGUUUGAUCGUUGGACUUUCAAGCUCGAUCAUGAUUAUAUUUAUGUUUUUAGCAUUCGCGCCGUACGUCACUGCGCAGACCGGAACCGUACCUCCGCCGUCACAAUAUCCUUUGGACCCGAGAUUCCGGGUCAGCCCAUCAAUGGCUCUCGUACUCGUCUGCCUUAUAGGUGCCUUCUUCUUCAUGUGCUGUUUUUCGAUUUACAUCCGCCAGUGCUCCGACCGGCGUAUGAUACGGAGCUUAACGCUGGCGACCGACGGAGUCGGCGACAGACACGUCUGGCGGCGUGCGGCGGCGCGUGGGCUCGAGCCCGCAGUUUUAGACACCUUCCCGACGUUCGUCUACUCGGAAGUCAAAGGGCUCAAGAUAGGCAAGGGCGCGCUAGAAUGCGCCGUGUGCUUAAACGAGUUCGAGGACGACGAAAUGCUUCGUCUGCUGCCCAAGUGUAGUCACGUGUUUCACCAGGAUUGCGUCGGCGCGUGGUUGGCUUCUCAUGUCACGUGCCCGGUUUGCCGAGCUAACCUUGUUCCCAGACCCGGUGAAAUCGGUACCGUCACGUUGCUGAGUCAUGACUCGGACGGCGAACUCGUUGAGUUGGAUCGUUCACAUGACAUCCAAAAUUCUGCUCCUGUGGGGGGUGAUGAUUUGAUUACAAAUGUAAAAUCACCGGAUUUGAUGAACAGUUACCGGACGGUUACGAACCGGCCACCUCGAUCGUUGUCGAAGAAAGAGCGAAACACUGGAAAAUUCCCUCGCUCGCAUUCGACCGGUCACUCGGUGGUUCAACCGGGUGAGAAUUGCGAUAGGUUCACGCUAAUAUUGCCGGAGGAGGUACGAAAUAGAUUGAUGAACACCAGCUUGAGUAGGGCUAAGAGUUGCGUGGCAUUUCCGAGGGCGAGGAGUUCGAAAAAGGGUUUUAGAACCCGGAGCGGAAAUAGCAACCAAGGGAAGAACUAUUUUUAUUAUGACCGGUUCGACCGGGCUGGGCGGUCGGACCGGUGGGAGUUUACGAUCACACCACCAUUCUUUUCUCGGGCCGGUUCGGCCCGGUCGCCAAAGAGUGAUGAAGUUACGGUGACACCCAAGAGUUUGUUUAAGUCCGUCAAGUCACCGUUGGAUCGAUUAUUUGGUGGGACAACAACAAAUAGUGAUGCCACCAAUGGUGAACGGUCAUUUGAUAGACUAAGGUUGGAUGACCAAGUUUAGACAAUUUGACAUUUUUUUUUAUACGAUUUGUAUGUAGUUUUUUAACUUGAUUUUUUACCAUAUGAUAUGGACAACAAACUUACAAUAGAGUGAAUAAUUGAAUUGCUAGCAUGUUUUGUGGAUGUUUUUGGUUCAAAUUUAU